UUUUGCCACAUGAAAUUACGCUUUUGGCACUACAUUCUCCUCUCAGAUUUGACGUCGUCUUGUGGAUCCCUUCUCCUCCGAUCUCCAUUCUCGGUUCAGUAAACCUAAAUCGUCAUCCAUGGCGACGGUGUUUGGUCCACCGAAGAAGAACCUCCUCCCUCUCCUUCUCCUUCUCGUUUCUCUCUCCGUCUUCGCUCUUUUCGUCCUUUUCUCCGAGACCACGCGCUCUGAUGCCGAGAUCGGAACUGAUUUCCGGAGAAAUUCCGGGGACGUACCUCCCUUCACAUUCCUCGUUAAGGUCCUUACAUUCAACCGCCUCCUCUCCCUCUCCCGAUGCCUCCGUUCUCUCGCCGCCGCGGACUACAGCGUCGCCGGCGACGCAGGACGCGUUCACCUCCAUGUCUAUAUCGACCAUUUCUCACUCGCGCGGAACGAUACUUCGGCGGAAGACAACUUGAAGAACGCGAGAGAGAUUCUCGAGUUCGUGGAUGGGUUUGAGUGGAGAUUUGGGAAAAAAGUGGUUCAAUAUCGGACCGACAACGUUGGAUUGCAGGCACAGUGGUUAGAGGCUUGGUGGCCGAGCUCCGAUCACGAGUUUGCGUUCGUCGUUGAAGAUGAUCUGGAGGUUUCCCCUCUCUAUUUCAGGUUUCUGGAGAGCGUGAUUCGUAAUUACUACUACGAUGCUUCCAGUUUCAGCCCUUCUAUCUAUGGAGCUUCGCUUCAACGACCAAGGUUUGUUCCAGGUAAACAUGGGAACAAAUUGCGUCUAGAUCCCGGAACAAAGGUUUUCUUAUAUCAGUUGGUUGGAACAUGGGGACAGCUUCUCUUCCCAAAACCUUGGAAAGAGUUCAGAUUAUGGUACGAUGAUCAUAAGGCAAAAGGCAUCAAGCCAAUACUCGAUGGCAUGGUGACAACAGGAUGGUACAAGAAGAUGGGAGAACGAAUAUGGACGCCCUGGUUCAUAAAGUUUAUUCAUUCUCGAGGCUAUUUUAACAUCUACACCAACUUCCAAAAUGAGAGAGCAUUGAGUGUCUCUCACAGAGAUGCUGGUGUUAACUACGGGAAAACAGCGGGGCCAGACUCGGAGUUACUGGAUAAAAGUUCUUUCGACUCCAACUUUCUGAAACUGCAACCUCUGAGCAGCCUUAAAUGGUACGAUUUCUGUUUCAGAGAAGUUGUUCCCAGUCGAGUUGUAAGAAACUUGGAUCAACUUGGGACCCUUCUUCCCUCUGUGCAGAGUGAGAAAACCAUUCUGCUCGUGAGCCUAUAUGAUGCACAAGAGAUGUUGAUGAGGAACUUGAUCUGCCAUUUCGAGAAGCUUGACACUCGAAACCACAUCUUUAUCGGCCCUAGUUCGGAGUUGCUGUUUGAUCUUGCAAGAAGGGGACAUCCUGUGAUUGAUUCCGAUCAGUUUCUUGACAACGUUGGAGCAUACAAUUUGGCGAAAAGUCAAAGUUCCUAUCCAAACGCCGUGAAGGAGGCCCUGGGCACGGCGCAUGUAGUCAAGAAAUGCUUAGAACUGGGAUACAGCUCUUGGAUAUUUACGAGUAAAGCCCUUUUGGUAGACAAAACCGCCCUUCUUGACAGAGUCGGCUCAGAAUACGACUUCUACGCAGGGGAAGGUUCCCGAAUCUUAGGUGUUCGGCACUCAUCUGCCGCUCAGAAGUUAUGGACCGACGAAUUUCUUCGCACCAUUGCAGCGAAGACCCCAUCACUGAAAGCGAGUGAAAAUUCCAUUGUUCUUGUUUCAAAGCUGUUAGAGCAGAAGGGAAAGAAGAUAAAGAAUAUCGAUGUCAAUAGUGAAGAAGGUAAACCAAUGGUUUAUUGGUCCCUCGAGGCUGAUUCUAAUAUGAUCCGGAAACAGCUCAAAGAGUUGAACUUGUGGCUCAUCGAUGACGCCGACCUCUCUUGCAAAGCCGUAGUUUGUCAUCGAUCAUCGGGUUAAAGAUCAAUCUUCACAUCUUAACGUUUAAAAAUGGAAUUAGCAUUGUGGUGAUGAUUGGUGUGAAGCAAGAGGAGACAACUCGUCUUCAUCUCAGUGUUGCCCAUUGGACAAAAGGUGCAGAUCUGUUUUUGUUUUGUUGUAAGAAGCUGAAGCCAUAUGCUGUUUUGGUUGAAGAACUACUAAAGGCAAACUAGGAUAUGGUUUCAGGCAAAUUAAUGGUUGUUACUCUUUCUGAUUCA